CAUAAAUACAUGGAUUAACAAUAACAGGAUUAAGUUUAAUAUACAACUUUUGAAAAAUUGUUGGACUAAGAGAUUUAAAAAAAUGAUCUUAGUGAUUGGAAAUAAUAGUUUUUAUUUAUAGACAGUCUAAGAGCAUAAAGCAAAUUUCACAGUGAUUAAUUCAAAAUUUAGGAAUGGUGGGAUUAACUAUAACCCUUAACUGAUAGUAUAAGAAGUAAUGUUUCGAAAAAUGCAUUGAUGUUGAUUAAAGAAGCAAGUAUGAGAAUUAAAAUAUACAGUUUAACACAACAAUGUUUACGAUGAAAAAAUUUUGCAUAAAGUGUUUGAAAAAUGCGAAAGUGAUUUUAAGUUUUUAAAAAAUGAAGCUUUGUAAACAGUUGAAAUUUUAUCGCUUAAGCCUUAUUCUGAUGAUCUGAUUCAGAUCCUAUGUAAUAUCACAUUAUAAUCCAAUUACGUAAAGAUAAUAAAUUAUCAAAAGAAAUUACAAUCCCAUUCCUAUCCUACUUUAGUGAAAAUAGUAUUAGCUUCAGAUUAUAAUUGCGAUUGGGACAAUAUCAUCAAAGCUACUUUAGCAGUUUACAUUGGAAAAAGUGUUGAGUGUAAAAAAGCAAGUGAUUAGUUAUAUUUGGCACUUCAAAAAUAGAAACCAGAAGUAUUAGAAAAGGAAGAAUAACUAAAAGUUAUAGGAGAUAGAACUAAAUAAAAGGGUCUUUAAAAAGGGUUCAAGGAAUUUUUGUAAUGCUAGAAGAAACAAUCCUGA